UUUUCCAAAUAUUCAUCUAUUAUCUUUAAAUUUGAUUGGUUGUUUACUUGCAGCCUCCAUAUUAGUUUUAAACAAGCGCGCUAUUUAAUAACUGUCAUUUAUUCGUUACUUAUAAAAUUGGAAUUGCUGUUAUCUAUUUUAAAUUUUACUCUCUAAGAAGUCGUUCAAUUAUUUUAUUAAACUAAUGGCAUCAAAUAUCUUUUUACCUGCAAACGUUAAACAAUGGGAUUUAUUGGAUUGUUGCAGUUGGCUAGAUUCCAUCGGAUUAACUAAUUAUAUAGAUGCUUUUAAAGGUAUUCUAUAAUUUGUUUAAAUCAUAUUUGUGACAUGGAAAAUACAUUUUUUUGCUCUAUUUGCCACCUAACAACCAUUUCCCUUUCUAAGUUGCUGAGACAUUUAACGGUUUUCCACAGCCAUGAUUUUAACUUUAAUGUAGAAUGCUGUUAUACAAGUUGCAAAAAAACAUUUUAUAAAAUAAAUAGUUUUCGUAAGCAUGUUUACCGUUAUCAUAAGAAUUAUGGUUUAAAACAAAAAGGUAAUGACCAUCAUGUGUCUGUGGUUGGUAAAGAAGAAUUAAUUUUUAGUUGUGACACUUCUAAAGUAGUAGUUGAUAGUUACUCUCUUUUUUUAAAGAUUGUGUCUGAAUUAAAAUAUUGUGUUGGAUUAAUGUUUCUGAAAUUGCGAGAAAAACAUGUAGUUUCCAGCCAAGUUCACAUUGAAUUUGUAUCUGAUUUUAAAGAACUGUUUCAAACCUUUUUGACAUCAUACAACAAUGUCAUUGAGAAGUGCUUACCAAUGCCGAUAGAUGCUACAUUUAAAAGUAUUUUAGAUAGUGACCUUCUGUGUGAUGUCUUUUCACAUUUUAUGAAUGAAUAUCAACUUGUUAAGUUUUGUAAAAAUACUCUUUCUAUGGUUGAGCCAAUAGAAGUUAAGAUUAUUGAUACAAAUAAAAAAGUUCAUAAAUUCCACUAUAUAAGCUUGAAACGUAAUCUUGAAAAAAUACUUUCAAACGAAGAGGUUUUCAAUGAAUUUGGUAGUUAUUUAAAUAAAGUAACAAUUUCAGACACUAAUAAAGACAAUUUAAGUGAUUUUCAUGAUGGAGAAAUUUUUAAAAAACAUCUUUUGUUUUCCACUGACCCAACUGUAAUUCGUAUUCAUUUGUUUAUAGAUGAGUUUGAAUCUGUUAAUCCUCUAGGCUCCAAGAGAGGCAAACAUAAAAUUGUUGGUAUUUAUUACACUAUUGGAAAUUUGCAUCCACGCUAUCGCUCUCAAAUGUCUCAAGUUCAUUUAGCUGCAUUGGUUCGUUCUAAUAUUUUGAAAAAAACUUCUUAUUCUGAAAUUAUGAAACCAUUAAUUGAUGAACUUAUAGAGUUGAGUAAUAAUGGGAUUAUUUUAAAAACUAACAGUAUGACUCAUUCACUUAAAGUAAGUCUUGCAACAGUUUCAGCUGACAACUUAGGUGCUCAUGCACUAGCAGGUUUUCGCUGCUGUUUUAGUUCAGGUAGGGUUUGUCGAACCUGUCUAGUUCAUUUUGAAACAAUAAGGCUAAAACAAUAUCACAUUGACUGUUAUUUAAGAACAGAUCACAACUACAAUCAACAGUUGAAUGCAAUAAAUAAAUUUCCUGUUAACAAAUCUGUUUAUGGAAUAAAUCAAUCGUGCUGCUUGAAUAAUCUACCAUUUUUUAAUGUUUUAGAAAGUUUUCCACCUGACAUCCACCAUGAUUUCUUAGAAGGAAUAGUUCCUAUGGUUUUAAAAUUAGUCAUCCAAAAAUUGAUAUCACAUAACAUUAUUUCUCUUAAACAACUUAAUUAUGAAAUAUGUAAUUUUUCAUUUGGGUUUAAUGAUAAAAAAAGUAAACCAGUGCCUCUAAGUGCAUCAGUUUUGUCUAAGAAGGGUCGUAUAAUUGGAAAAGCAUCUGAAUUGUGGUGUUUUUUUAGAUGUCUGCAAAUUAUAAUAGUUUUAUUUUUAGCUUUUUGCAGCAGCAAGAGUUAUUACAAAUACAGAUAUUGA